ACCACUAGUUUAAGUGUCAUCGGCGCAGUGAAAUGACGGCGACACGUCAAAUCCAGGUGAAAAUUGCAUUAAGCGGAGCGUGAAAACCGUUUUCGCGGUAUUUCAAGUGUUGUGCAAGGUGCAAGUACUCGUGCGAAAAUGGAGAAACUAACAGUGAUGAGUAAUUUUGUGAAAUCAGUGGAGGCGCUGCGAAACACAGAAUGCAGUCGGAAGGAGAAACUUCAGAACUUCCAUCACAUCUCCGAAUCUCUCGCGUCGCCAUCUAUGUUUUCGAGUGAAAAUUAUGGGAGACACUUUAGUAGCGGAAUUAGUGUGCUACUUCUGUUCUGUGAAGAUUUGGAUUCUGUAGUUCGGAUGAGCGCCGAAGAAAAUUUAAAUAAAAUCAUUCGAUCCGUUGAAAACACACGGUUGAGUCGAGUCCUGCUCGAUUUGUACAACGAAAUCAAGAAAAAUGGGAACCAAAAAUCCUUAAGAAUAUGCCUCAAUUUGUUUGCUUAUUAUUGUCCGCGGAUGAAGGAGAAAACCGUUAAAUGGUAUGCGUUGAAGUUGUUGCCUUGUUUGCAGGUGAUAGCCCGGCGGAAGGAGACACUCCUGUUGGAAACUUUGAGCGAAUUUGUCAAGUGCUUUAGUGAGCAUUUGCAGAUUUGCUUGAAUGAUAAUGAAACUAUGAAAUUGAUAGAGAUUUUCCUCUCAGAUAUUGUAUCUGAUUGCGCUGUUAAAAGACGGUGCUCAGCACAAAGCUGCAUCUAUUUACUGAAAGGUUCCCGAAACAAGGAAGUCAUGGCGAAGAAGAUUUUAACCAAAACAUUAGACUAUUUACAGAAAGGCGACCUCUCAGUUAACACCGUUGUUGGAGUUUUCGGCUUCCUUCGUUUACUGCUUCCAAUAAUUGUCUCUUCUUCCGAAUGUGAGAGCAAGCAAAUCAUCGAAAUCUACGAUUUAUGUCUACAUUUCUUGAAUAAUUGUAACCACUCCAUUAUUAACGCUUCAUUAGAGGUAAUCAAUGCAAUUCUGAGUGGGCUAAGUCCCGAGCUGAAAGAGGUCUGCAUCAACAAUGGCAUUCAUCAGAAUGACUUCUUAAAAAAGAGGAAAUCAUUAAAAAAUCAAAUAUUUCAAUUGCGGCAUGCGGAAAUGACGUGCUCAGCAUCGGCAUCAGCAUCGGUAACGUCAACAAUGAUUUCUUCGACAAUUGCAGACAAGGAUAAAGGUUGUGGAGAUGGGGCGGGUCUGAAUCAACAGCAAGGGCAUGCAUCAGGAAAAUCAAGUACGGAAACUAUUAAAGAUGCAUUCAAAUCAAGGAAGAAGGGCUGGGGUGACGGCGAUGGAACCGAUGAACAAUUGACUGGUGGAGUAUCCGGAAUAGAUGCGGGCCACAUUAUGGUAGAGGAUGCAGGUCAGGAUUCAGUUUCGUCGUCUUCAACAAAUGAAAUCAAAAUCAAUGAUGAAUCAACGACUAUUGGAGAAUCUUCGACUCCGACUAAGUUCUGUAAGGUUGUUGUCGACAAUGUUGACGAUGGCAGCGAUUCUAGGAGCUUGGCUAAUGCAAAUAAAAUGACGUCGACAUCUACAUCAUCAACGUUGGCGGCAUUGCCGGGAACGAUAACGACAGUGCCUCAAAUAAAUGAACCGCAGGAAGAAGGCUACUUGCAUAGCAGUGAAGACAAGUCACAAAUUUUGAGUGACGUUGAUAAUGAAUCGUUCAAUAGUAUUGACUUUGAAUCGGAAAUCACAAUCGGAAUCGGAAAUGAUGGAAUUGAUUACGAACUGAAAGAGGACAAAGAAAACAAGGAGAGUGGCGACAGGAAGAGUCGUGAAAGAAACAAGGAGAAGGACGAGGAAAAGGCUGACGUUAAGAGCAUUAAAUCGGCUGAUUCCAUUGGAGCAUUCUUCAACAAUUUACUAUCGCAUUCUAAUGCAGAAACCAUGACGAAACUGUUUCGACCAUCAACAAAGACAUCAGCAGCCGCAUCAACAGAACAUCCUUCGUCUUCCCCAUCAUCAUCAUCAAGUGCAUCACGACUAAAGGCAAAACAAACUAGCGACACAGGAGGAAUGGAAUCUAAAUCCCAACCAACUAUGAAAUAUACAUCAACAGUACCGAUGACAUUAGUAACGAGUAGCGGGGGUGGUCUGGGCAAUUUAGGAAUGGCAACACUUACUUUAGAAGACGAUGCGAUUUCCCUAGAGUCUAUAAACAGCCAUAUAUCUCUGGGCAGUCACGUCUCACAGCAAAGUAGAAAUGAACAAGAUUUAAUGCUGGCUGCAGGCAAUGAUUCUGAGAUUGAAGGAAAAUCCGAUAGAGCGGUGUGGUAUGAGGUUGUGGAAGCCUCUUUGGUCGACCAAGAGCCACAAACAUCUUCGCAAGAGAUUCGUGGAAAUGAAAUAACCUUGGCGACAUCAACAAAAGCUAAUUCUCAAUAUCAAGGUGACCGCCGUGAGUUUCCUCAAAGUCCUCGUAAAGGAGACUACAGCGAUGUCGGGAGCUCAAAUGUCUUUGAUGACGCUGCCAAUCUACAUCUUAAGAUAGGAAAAAUCUAUGAGCAAAAUAUUAUUCAUUAUACUGUUCGUUUAAUAGCGUCGAAGUUCCUUUUAAGUGGAGUAUCAGGUGGCUUGCUUUCAGACACAGUAGUUCGGGUUUCUAUCAAAAGUCUUUCCUUGGCUGUUUUAGCGAGUUGCAUAGAAUUGAAACCUGAAGUGCUCCAUUUACCACUCGAAUUAGAUAGAGAAGAGGCUAGUCCUUCCGACGUGUCACCUGAUACGAGCAAUGAGAAUAGCAGUGGUAGCAAUUCAGCCAGCGACUUUUAUUCAGCAUUACCAACGGAAGAUUUGUUGAGUGAAAAACUGGAAGCAGAAAAUCCGCCAGAGGAGAAUCUACUGGAAAUUAAAGACGACCACUUUGGAGAAUGCACUAAUCCUUAUUUGUUUGAUUCAGUGCUGAGUAAAAGUGCAGAUCAGGCGCUUCUAGCUCCCUUGAAAAAUACGCUAAUGGCAAAAGAAUUGGGCUGCGAUGGGAACAACAAGAAAAAUGAUUCGAGAUCGAAAUUGAAUCAGCAACUCGAACAAAUUCUAUCAAAAUCUGAAAUAAUAGAAUCCAAGUCACACACUGAUGCAAAUAUGAAACAACACCCUUGGUCGCAUCGAAUGCAAAAAAUCCAAUCAGCGAGUAUGGGAUGUGCGUCUCCACUAAAAAAGUCACUAUUAUUUGAUACGGAAGCGAAUCAGGACAUAGAGACAGAAGCAAGGGAGCAAAAAGAAUUGCAUCCAGCGGAGCACAAAAAGCUGGAUGAAAAUAAGAUGGAUAUCAACACUCCGGAUUGGUUCUCUGCGAAAACGGAUAUGGUAAACCCGGCAUCAACAACACCACCGGACUGCAUUCAAUUACACUACCAUCAAAGCGGGUUUCACAAAGGCCAAGAGCAUUAUCACGACGGAAAGCGUCAGUUCAUCCAUGAUAUUUUUUUGUACAGCAAUCAUUCGGAUCCAGUCUUACGCGGAAACAUGCAAAUGAUUGCUUGCAAUUUUGCCAAAGCAUGCCUCACUGGUUUGUCGCGUUCAGGGGAAAGUCGCCUGGCCAAUAUGAUGCAAUCAGAGGAACGCGGCAACCAAACCGGAUCAUAUGGAUGGCUUGAUAUCGACAAAUUACUGCAUAUUUUGCUGAAGGGCUUCCAAGAUGAAAUCCACACUGUUAUCAUACAAGCCCUAACUUUCUUCGAUAAGAUUUUCGGCCUUUUGAUGUGGAACUAUUACAUCGAACAAAAGCGAUCCAAAGAUAAGGGCGACGAAAAGAUUAUUGGCGCAGAUAAUUCAAAUGAUAGUACAAUUCGGACUGAAAACUUCUUCGAUAAAAGUCCGGAGCUAAUGCAAAAAGGUCAGGUCACCCCCAAAUUGCUACUGAACCAAUUGGAACUUUGCUUUGCGAAUCGAUAUUGGUUGGUGCAGAAUAAAUACGCUGAUGUUGUGUCGAAUUUGGACUUUGAAGCAAUUCAGGAAUAUUACGAUGAUGACUUGGCAGUGACCUAUGAGGAUAUUUUCUUGCAACAACUUCUGCAACUUCUUGGCGAUGACGAUGCUCGAGUACGAGAUCAUGUGGCUGCUUGUCUUUGUGACUAUAUUCGAAAGAAACCAAUUGUGACAAUGGAUAAAAUGAAAGGUAAUGAAUUCGAUCGGAAACUGCUUGAGGAGUUUCUGAUGCAAAGAGUCUUUCGAGGAAUGUCAGAGUCAUUGUGUGAAGUGUUGAAGGGAGGUCGAUUUACCAAUGAGAAGAGUUGCAGCUUAUUAUCGCGUGUUUUAUUUUUACUGACGAACAAGCUGAUGGAUUUGGAUAAGAAGAAUAUGCAGCUCGGAAUAAUUAAUACAAUUCGUGUUUUGCUGGGCGAAUUCAAUCCUAUUGAUCAUUUGCAUGUUUGGAACGAGUUCAACAUACUCGAAAUUUGUCUUUGUUUCAUGAUUCAAAAUUUGACCACAGCAAUGGAUAUACACGUGCAAAUUGGUCUAAUUGAAAUAAAUACUAAGCUUUUAUCAGCUAAUCUAUUAAGUGGUAAUAACGUGCAUCCACCGCAAUUGGUCGAUAAUUUAUGUGAGCACGUAAUGAGGAUAUUGAGUAUUUACUAUUAUUUGUUUUCGAGCCAGAAACCGCCAAUGCUCUCAACGAAAACACAAAAAACAGAAUUGCUUUUUGCAAAUGUGAAAGAUAGUAGCGUUCAUCAUGUGGAGGAUUUAAGUAGUGAUUAUCUGUAUGUGAAGUUGUAUGGAGUUUUGAAGGCAGCUUAUGGAAAUUAUAAGAUAUCAACGAACCAAGACUCCGGCAACAAAUUCAUGUCCCUAGUUGCAACUUGUCUCCGUUCACUAUCAGCACUUCUUGAAUUCAAGCAAAAUACGAACGGUCCCAGCAGCAGCGUAAAACUUAUCGAAGAUAUUCUACAAUAUUUAACUGUGAUUGUGAAUUAUUCACCCAUUGAGACUAUUAAUUGCCUAAGGCAACUAUUAAAAUUUCUAUUUUGUCGGAAUUAUGGAAACAGGAAAGUUGAAUAUGAAAAUUUUCUGAAAUUAUAUUUCGUUGUUCGAAAUUGUGGGUGGCAGGGAAACUAUCUAGAUGCGGAUGUAGAUAAAGUAGCAGCGGGCAAUGUGCUUGAGGCCGCCGUUGAGCGUAAAUGCGGAGACUGCAGUCAAGAGAAAAGUGCGCAAGGGGGUGACGAUGAGCGGAGACUAAAAGAUAGAAAGGAUUUUGUCUGUAGCGGAGAUAGGUUUAAUUUGUCCGAAUUGUUUGCAAGUGCAAUUAGUUUUCCGUUGAGCAAAUCGAAACUCGAAGAGGAUUGCGCCAAGCAUAUAAAGUUAUUUGAACGGUUGGUUAUAUAUUGUUUGACGCUUUUUAUGAAAUCUAAUGCUGUGGUUCAGUCAGCCAUCCUCGAUAUGCUCUCGGAACUGCUGGAUUACAAUGUGACGUACAGUAUUCUGGAUUCGAAAAAUAUUAUUUUCGAUCAAGUUGAAAACAAUAUUGAAAUAAUCGAAAACGGAACAGCUAGAAACUCCAAAAUCCUUAUCCAGUCAAUGAUAAGGUUCCUCGUGAAAUUAACAAAACAGUGCGACAGAAAGCUAAUUUCAAUUCCGAAAAUAAUCAGUAUUACGAAUAAUCUGUUUACAAAUAAUACACUUCGUGAAUGCAGUGUCAUCGCAUUACGGGAACUUGCGUUUGAGAUGUUUUUCAAACACCCGAAUAGUCCUGAGCGAUCUUCAAACCUGAAAGAAAUGAACGCAGAACGAGAAGUGAUUCUAAGAAUGCUUGAGCAAUAUAUAGACAGCAUUGAUUGCCAAAAGAUGUUAGCUAUUUUAUUAUUAUGGGCUCGGGCUUGGAAAUCGCAAACUAUGUCCCCAGAUGAAAUGAGGUCUGUCACUGCUGUUGUCGCUUCUCAGGAUCCUGAAUCAGUUCCAAAGGACACAUCACCUGAAUCCCCAACUGAGUCGCUAUCCGUAGUUAUACAAGAGCGAGCAAUUCUUUCAAUAAUCGUUGGUGCCUUGCAAAUAGAUGCAAUUACUGCGAACACUAGCGAGACGUAUUUUGUUUUAGAUGCUAUUUUUGCUAAUUGUGACAAGGGCGUUAUAUUAACGAGUGAUCUAUUUGAACCGUUGCUUGAAUUGUUUGUUACAAAGAACGUUGAAAAUUUAAAGAAUCUAUCACAUGCCGUUAUAAUCCUAGAUAACGUAAUCCUAAAAACCGAGGAAAUUUAUUUGCUAAAUCACGUAAAGCUCCUAUUCUCGAAAAACAACAUACAACUUGAUUGUGUCAAAAGUACGCCCGACGGGAGUAAAGCGGAAUUUAUUACGGCAAGCAGUGAGCAACUGGGAACAUGCGGAAGUCAAACAGCAGGAUAUUCGGGUGGCAUAGUAUCUGUAACGAAUAUUUUCGACGGCGAAAUUAAUUAUUUCGUUAAAGUUCUGUACUCGAUGCUUGAAACAAGUUUCUCAACUUCGAUAGAACGUUCCUAUGAUGCGGAUUAUAUCUCCUUGACAUCGAAAUACAUAAGAUUGGUAACAGAAGUGGCUAUGAAAUUUGAGAAGAUGAGAGAUCCUUUACGAACGCUUCUUACUCGCAAUAACACUGUCUAUGAGAAACUUGAAACGUCUCCAGAAAAUCUUGAACAAGUUCGAGUCGAUAUUUUGACUUUACUUUGUGAAUUGUGUUUGGGUCGAGAUGAAGGUGACUCCUCCUCAUCGAAUUCCUCAAGCUUUUGUUUGACUUUGCAACCUCGUUCGAUUUUGCAAUGUAUCCAGAAGAUUAAGAAGACUAAUGGGCAAAAAGUGGUACUUAAUCGAGUCUUUGAAAAAUUUAAAGAUAUAAAUUGGUGGAUGACGGAGGAUAUUAAGGUAUUGCUGUCGGUGGAGCUUUUACAAGCUUUCCUCGCAGUGGAAACAAAAUUAAAACGAGCCCUCGCUGAACAUCCCACGUACUGUCGAGUGCUUAUGGAACGAUUACUCCUUUUGCCAAGGAGUUUUUGCAAGAAUAUUCUUCACUCCAUCCUGGAUUUAAUAUCAAAAGUCAACAUAAAUGCUUCCUUAUUGAAAUUGAAAUUCUUGUGGAGCCUUUUCGUCGAUGAUAGUUCAGUGAUAAACCGAUCACCACAAAAACUCAUUCAAUUGCAUUUUGAUAACGAACUGCAGUCACUUAAGAGUCGAUUACAACGUGGUGAUUGUAAAGAGUAUUGUUCAACGAACAAUGAUGCCGUCAACAUUCUAAAGGAGAUUUCCACCAGCGGCAAUGGGCUGCAUUUCAAUAAGCUAUCUUUAUCCACUCAAAAUACCCUGGAAAGGCUCUUAAGAUUAUUUAUCAAUGGAGGGCGAUUGAAGAAUGAUGAUGCGGGCUCCAUUGAAUGCAGCUACGAACGAUUGGAUGAUGGAAAAGUUAGUGAAUUCCAACAGGAGAUUAAUGAGAAAUGGUUGAUUCAACAGGUUAUCAACAUUUCAUCGCAUUCUGAUCCCAAAGCUCUAGCCAAAGUUCUGAUGGAUUUCAAAUCUGAAAUCAAAUUAAAGACGAUUUUCAAUGCCGAAACGUUCUGCAGCAAAGAUAUUUUGGCUCCAUGUUUGGAUGUAGCGUUCCACACAAUGAUAACAUCCUUUCAGAACAACUGCGUGCAAUAUAAUCCCCACAUAAAUUACAUGAAUAUAAAUCCCCUACUUAGAGUAACUUUGCAGACAUUUUUGCGUAAUCUCCAAUUCGUGAUAGAUCAAGAGGACCACCAAAUAUCUUUAGAAAAUUUAGCGAUUCCAACCCUUUCGUUGAUGAAAAAUUUACGAAAGCUGGAAAAUAUUAGUUUGCUUUAUAUACAGUUACCUGCAAUAGAGAAGUUCGUGCAUGACCAGUUGUUAAAGUCACAGGUGCCCAUCGAGAAGUUAUUGAUUGAAUAUGGUGCAUGCGUUGCAUCCCAUUUAAAGGAGCAAUUCAAUUCAGAAAUGACAAAGGGAAAAGUUAUCCGAACAGAAACUCAUGUUUUCUUAGAAUGUGUGGAUGAAAUUUUCAAGCAGAAAUUCGUCUGGGUUGAAGUUAACAAACCGCAAAAAUAUGAAAAACAUUUAAAUGUUAUCCUGGAUAUGCUGCACGCGGCAAUGACGAACGCAAUUUCAAAUACUAUUUUCUACAAACAAUGUUGGUUGCAGCAGCAAGGAGCGGAGUUGACACAUUUUGAUGCAGACGGGGAGGAUGGGUAUGUCAACAAGGACACCAAAGAUGUUGCUGACAGCGAUAAUCAAUCGCUUCGUAUGCGAAAAGUUAUUUUCCUAGCAAAGUUGAUGGAAUGUAGCCUGAAUGGAUCCGACAAUAAAGUUAUCUACAGUCGACAGUCGAUGGAUAUUCUAAAAAGCUUAACAGUAACGAUACUACGAACUAGUUAUUACUAUGGCCUGGCUGUAGUGCCCUACGAGCUCUUUCAAACGCUUAAGUAUGAUACAAAAGGCUGUAGCUAUGCAAAACUCCCUUCGAUUCCGGUUGACCAUCUCAGCGACUUGGAUACUUUACAAAAAUUCAUCAGAAGAUUAUCGUUUUUCGGAUUUUCGACUAGACAACAAUUCGAGGAAUACUUCAUGACAUUUCUACUCUUGAUUAAUCGUAAAUAUGAUGCGAAUAUGGUUGACGAGCAGGAACAGUUCUUGAUAAAGGAUGCUUGUUUGACAGUAAUUAUGGAAUUACUGAUUAUGUGUAAGACAUUUCCGGUAGUUGGAAAUAAAGUGUCGAAAUUCCACCAUUCAAUCCGUUGGCAAAGGAUAAAGUGUCGAAAUAAUAUAAGCCUGAAAAAACUACACAAAAUUCAAUUAAUUAUCCCGGGCUCGAAUGUAUUCUAUCAUCCGAAUUUGGAACGCGAUCUAUCUGUAAUUUGUCAUGACUCCAUCAUUGGAACCAAUUACUUCUUACCCAAUCAAUACGAACUCAAUCACGUUUGGCAGCAAAUGGAGCCACUAUCGAAUGAAGGACUAAAUAUGGGCAGCGGGGGAAUCACAACAGGAGGUUUAGAUAGGGCUAGUGGAAAUAUUGGACUCGGCGACAUAGAUGAAAUUAAAGAGGAUACAUCAGGAAUCGAUUUAAAAAGCAGCUGCCAAUUAAUUUUCGAUGUAUUUACUCAAAUCAUCGAGCACAAUCACAUGCUUGUACUCCCGAAUCUCGUUAAGUUUUGUGAAAUCUGCGAUAAUCGUGAGCACAUCCGUUGGAUAAAAAACACCGUGAUGAGACUUCAAGAACAAAUACCCUUCGACGAUACGAUAUCACAUCACUACAUCAUCUAUUUGCUGUGCAGGACACAAUCGAUUCUGGUGCCCUCGUUUGCGGAACUCUCGCAUCUGUGCUCAAUUAUAUCGACUUAUCUGAAGAGUACACACAUCUUCAUUCGGAACGCCACUCUUCAUGGUCUCUUGUGUUUGCUGGAGUGCUGCUCGAAAACAAGUACGACCUUGGGAAAAUUGAGUGAGGAGUUGUGUCUAUUAAGGGAAAUAAUCGUGGGCUACAUAGCACAUCAUGGAAUCAUUGAUGAGAGCUCAACAAUGUUCAGUGACAUGCACACAAAACUUGUUUGGACGUUGAAUUUUAGUUUGAUUGAAAUGACCACAAAAUUCGUUCCCGAAUGCCAUUUAUUAUCCAAUACGAUUAUAUCGGCCAAUAAUUUACUGAAGAGGACAACAAACGAAGCUAUUUAUUUAUGCAUCAUUCACGGACUAGAGCGGAUUAUGGUGGUCAGUACUCCACAGAAGCCGUUCUGUGAUAAAAUCGAAAAGUUAGCAUUGGAGCUUGUUAAAGUGGAGAAUGAGCGGUUUUCGUUGCCGGCACUAAAGCUUCUUUUAUCGUGUGUUUAUAUAGGCUCGUCGAAACAAUUAGAAACAACGGAACAUUCGAAUGGUAUCGUUCAAGAUGAUCCAGAAAUUAUUGCACAACAAACGGAGAAAGUGGACGUUCUGCUACAUCGCAUUAAAUCAUCGACGUCGAGUGCUGCUAGGAUUUAUGGCGAAGUUUUGUGCCAAAUUGUUCGUGACCUCGUGCCUCCCAAUGAAAUCCUUACGAAAGUCAUAAAGGAAUUUUUGGCGAUAAAUCAGCCGCAUUGUGAAGUUAUUGCACGAAUUGUCUACCAGGUCUUCCGUUCAUGUAUUGACUCUUCAUUUCUGCGGAUGCUUCAGGACUGGUUAAUUUGUUCGCUACCAAAUUUUCUCACAUUACCUCCGGAGAAUGGAGUUUGGUGCUUAACUAUAAUCUUCCUUUCUUCAUCAAUCAAUUUAGAUUUAAUCAAACUAUUUCCAUUCGCCUUGAACAAUUCAAAAGUUUUUGGCGAUAUUAAGACAUUAUUGUUUAUAAUAUCAGCAAGAGAUUUCUAUAUUAAACUAAACACAGAACAAAAGACACGUUUUAGGGAUAUUUUUAAAAACUGUGAACUAGAUAUUUAUAUAGAUAUGUUGAAAUGUCUUUAAAAUGGUUGAAGAUACUAUGGAUUAAUAUGCUGAUGUUGAUAUAGAUAUUCUAAAAGUUAUAUAAUGAUGGAAGAGAAUUUGGAGAGGUAAUAAUGAUGACAAAUAUAUAUUUAUACAUGUAUUUAACCAAA